UUGAAAAUUAGCAAAAUUAGGCUCAUAAAAUUUAUUAAUAUCUCUCUCUCUAUCUCUUUUUCUCUACCUUCUCUUCAAAUCUCUAACCCCCCCUUUAACAAUGCUCUGUUUUACCUUAUUGCUAUUCUAUCUGUUGUCUCCAUAUGUAUCAUUAUCCAAAUCUUCUUCACAAAUAGCACAGAGUUUUCUAUUAUGGGAUUUCCCAGAAUCUUUUCCAUUUUAUCUGCAACUAAUCAAAACCACGCUAAUAACAAUAUUCUUCCUUCUCACAGUCCAUUUCGCGAACAGCUGGUGAAGAGUCCUGAGAAUUCCCUUAGUUAUGGAUUCCCCAAAUCUGUUAUUCAGUACUUGGGUCGUAUUUUCUCUGGAAGGAAAAUCGAUGGGGGGUCAAGGACGGAUGAAGAAGAGAAAGUUUAUUCUUGGUUAUAUUCAUUGGCACAAUCGGAUAAAAAUUUGGUUUACGAGUAUGUUCAAUCCACUGAAAGAGAUGUCCUUUUGCUUUUUGCAGGCUUGAGCUUUUCUGAAGCUGAGAGAAGAUUGAAAGAAAAUGGCCCAAAUAUUCCUCUUGAAUAUACUUUUCCAAGCUGGGGCCAUCUUCUGUGGGCGGCAUUUUUCCACCCUUUCAAUAUCAUUUUGAUUGUGCUGUCAGCACUCUCAUAUAUAGCUAGUGAUAAUCCAAAUGGAUGCAUCAUGCUCAUACUGGUUUUUAUUAGUGUCAGCCUUAGAUUCUACCAGGAAUACGGUAGUUCAAAAGCUGCCAUGAAACUCUAUGAGUUUGUUAAAUGUCCAGUAAAAGUUCAAAGAUGUGCUGGUAGAGUUGUUCAGACAGAGUUAAUAGUCCAAGUUGAUCAACGAGAUGUUGUUCCAGGGGACAUUGUCAUUUUUGAACCAGGGGACCUUUUUCCUGGAGAUGUGAGAUUAUUAUCAUCAAAGCACCUAGUUGUAAGUCAAUCGUCAUUGACUGGCGAGUCUUGGACAACUGAAAAAACAGCUGAUACUAAAGAGAAUCAGAGCACUCCUCUGCUAGAGUUGAAGAAUAUUUGCUUCAUGGGAACAAAUGUUGUAUCAGGAAGUGGGAUUGGUUUGGUUGUUUCCACUGGAUCAAAGACUUAUAUGAGCACCAUGUUUUCAACUGUUGGGAAGCAAAAACCACCAGAUGACUUUGAGAAUGGCAUCCGGCGGAUAUCCUAUGUCCUUAUUGCUGUUAUGCUAGUAGUAAUGACAAUAAUAAUUUUGGUGAAUUACCUGAAAUCACAAGAUCUGAGUGAAUGUAUUCUUUUUGGACUCUCAGUGGCAUGUGCCCUUACUCCUAAUAUGCUUCCCCUUAUUGUUAACACAAGUCUUGCGAAAGGAGCACUUGCCAUGGCUAGAGACAGAUGCAUUGUCAAAAGCUUAACUGCUAUACGUCAUAUGGGAUCCAUGGAUAUCUUAUGCAUGGAUAAGACUGGUACACUCACCAUGAACCGUGCAAUUGUUGUUAAUCAUCUAGACAGCUGGGCUUCACAAAAAGAAAAAGUUUUACGCUUUGCUUUCCUGAACUCUUAUUUCAAGACAGAUCAGAUGUAUCCUUUGGAUGAUGCCAUUUUAGCAUUUGUAUAUACAAAUGGAUACAGAUUCCGUCCAUCUAUGUAUAGAAAAAGGGAUGAGAUACCUUUUGAUUUUAUACGAAGACGAAUAUCUAUCAUUUUGGAAUCUGAAUCAGAUGCAGAAGGCAGAAGAAAUGGGAAACUUCCUGAUAGGUUCAUGGUAACUAAGGGAGCUCUGGAAGAAAUCAUGAAAGUUUGCUCUUUUAUUGAAGAUAUUGAUAAAGGUGUCAUAACCACUUUUUCUUCAGAAGAUUAUGGCAGGAUUUUGAAUAUGGCAGAAGAUUUAAGCAACCAAGGGUUGAGGGUUAUAGGUGUUGCAAUGAAAAAGCUAGAAACGGAAAUAAGUGAUCCAAACAUGGUCAAUGAUGAAUCAGACAUGGUCUUUCUUGGUGUAAUUACGUUCUUUGACCCACCAAAAGAUUCUGCAAAGCAAGCUCUAUGGAGGUUAGCUGAGAAGGGAGUUAAAGCAAAAGUAUUAACAGGAGAUUCACUAUCCUUAGCAGUAAGAAUUUGUGAAGAACUUGGCAUUAGAACCAAUUAUGUAACAACAGGACCAGAGCUUGAGGAACUAAAUCAAGUCGACUUUCACGAAUCUGUUAAAAGAGCAACAGUACUUGCUCGGCUUACACCAACUCAGAAACUCCGAGUAGUACAAUCCUUGCAAACAGUUGGUGAGCACGUUAUUGGAUUCCUUGGAGAUGGAGUUAAUGACUCACUCGCAAUAGAUGCUGCAAAUGUAGGUAUCUCAGUCGACUCAGGAGCAUCAGUUGCGAAAGACUAUGCCGAUAUAAUCUUACUAGAGAAAGAUCUUAAUGUUCUAGUUGAUGGGGUUGAGCAGGGUCGCCUAACAUUUGGUAAUACUAUGAAAUAUAUUAAAAUGUCAGUCGUUGCCAAUGUAGGUGCUGUUCUUUCACUCCUUAUAGCAACAUUGCUGUUAGGUUUUGAGCCAUUGAAACCAAGACAACUCCUUACUCAAACCUUCAUAUAUAGCAUCGGUCAAAUCGUUAUCCCGUGGGAUAAGUUGGAGGAAGAUUAUGUGAAAACUCCACAGAGAUGGUCAGAGAAAAGCUUACCUAUCUUCAUAUUAUGGAAUGGUCCUGUCUGUACUUUAUGUGAUAUAGCAAACCUGCUAUUCCUCUGCUUCUAUUAUAAUGCAGAUAAUUUAGCUUAUGACAGAUUCUUCCAUUCUGCUUGGUUUGUUGAAGGGCUACUGAUGCAAACACUAAUCUACCACUUGAUCCGGACAGAAAAAAUCCCUUUCAUUCAAGAGAUUGCCUCAUGGCCAGUGCUCUGUUCAACAAUUGUGGUUUCUGCUAUAGGAAUUGCAAUUCCAUUCACAAUAAUAGGAAAGUUCAUGGGAUUCACCGCUCUGCCAAUAUCAUAUUUCGGAUUUUUGGUUUUGCUUUUUCUAGGUUAUUUUACAAUUGGCCAAGUGGUGAAGAGAGUUUACAUUUUCAUUUACAAAAGUUGGCUUUAGAGAAGAACACUUCAAAAUCUUAUAUUGCAGAAGUUAUUUGCAGAGUGAGAAAGAGAGGUUAGGAAAACAUAUUCUUUGUAUAUUAUUGAGGAUAAGCAUAAUAAAUGUAGCUUCCAUGUUUACAAGACUAA